AUGUCGGUUUCGUUCGAGCAAUUGCAGACUUUACUUCAACAGCAACAAUUGCAAUUUGAGAAAUUGCAAAGGCAGCUGAUCGAAUUGCUCCCACAGAAAUUGAAUCUUCAGACAGAACCACCGACGACGACGAUUGCACGAUCAUCAGUGGACGCCCUUACUGCAUCAAUCACAGAAUUUAUGUUCGAUGGAUUGGGUGGUGUUACCUUCGAUUCAUGGUUUAAGAAGUAUGAGGGUAUUUUUCUAUUGGAGUUUGCUGACCAAGAUGAUGUCUGGAAAGUUCGGUUGUUGUUGAGAAAACUUGGAGCAGUGGAACAUGAACGCUACACAAAUUUCGUGUUGCCGAAAAACGCAAGGGACUUCACCUUUGAUGAGACCGUGAGAACUUUGACGCAGAUCUUCAGUGAGCAAGCCUCUUUGUUCAGCCUUCGGUACAAUUGUUUGAAGUUGGUCAAACGCGAUGUUCAUGACUUUGUCACUCAUGCUGGGAUUGUGAACCGCGAAUGUGAACGAUUCAAACUGGGCACGAUGACUGCGGAUCAAUUCAAGAGUUUUUUGUGUGCAGUCUCCAGUCCCACGCUGAUGCCGAUUUUCGCACACGAAUUUUACACAAGCUUGAACAGGAACCACAACUGA